UGCAGGUGGAGUGAGGUGGCUACUGACAAGGGAAAGAGAGCCAGAGAGGCCGCUCUGGGGCAGCCGAUAAGAGGUUUUAGGGUAUAAAGCGCAUAAUGGAUACAAAUGAAAUUUUGAAUGUAUCACGAGGGUGAUUUAGGCGGGAGUGGAAAAGCGGUGUUUUGGGGAUUUUUGCAUGUAACUAACCAUCCGCUUCGGAAGCCAGAACCAGAACCAGAACCACCACUCCCCUCACUCACUCACUCGCUCACUAUCAGACUCUCACAAACAUUUUACUUCCACUUCCAUUUCCAUGGCGUACACAAAGGCCAACGGCAAUGGCAGGGUUUUUCCGGUUCCGGCUGCUGUUCCAGGGCGUUUUGCUUCGGAGUACAGUGAGGUCCAAACCAGUCGCCUCCAUAUUUCGCUUCCCCUGCCUUCCGUCCUCAAGAACCCCUUCGACGUUGUCGAUGGGCCUCCAAGCUUCACUGCUGGAAAUCCAGAAGAGAUUGCCAAAUUGUUUCCGAACCUAUUUGGGCAGCCAUCGGCAAUGCUAAUGCCUGGUGAUUCUUCUGAAAGACUGGAUAAGGGUUUGAGGAUUGGUGUUGUUCUUUCUGGAGGGCAGGCUCCUGGUGGCCACAAUGUCAUUUCUGGCAUUUUUGAUUUCUUGCAGCGACGCACGAAGGGAAAAAGCAAGUUAUAUGGAUUUAGGGGUGGUCCGAUUGGGAUCAUGAAGUGUAAAUAUGUAGAGCUUACAGAAGACUUUAUCUAUCCUUAUAGAAAUCAGGGUGGUUUUGACAUGAUUUGUAGUGGCCGAGACAAGAUUGAGACUCCCGAACAGUUCAAGCAAGCUGAAGAAACUGUAAGGAAGCUUGAUUUGGAUGGACUUGUAGUCAUUGGUGGAGAUGACUCAAAUACUAAUGCUUGCCUUCUUGCACAAAACUUCAGGGCUAAAAAUAUGAAAACACGGGUUAUUGGAUGUCCAAAGACCAUUGAUGGUGAUUUGAAAUGCAAAGAGGUUCCUGCAAGUUUUGGAUUUGACACUGCAUGCAAGCUAUAUGCAGAAAUGAUCGGAAAUGUGAUGAAAGAUGCCCGUUCAACUGGAAAAUACUACCACUUUGUAAGGCUUAUGGGUCGUGCAGCUUCUCAUAUAACAUUGGAGUGUGCUUUGGAGACUCAUCCAAACAUUGCAAUUAUUGGAGAAGAGGUUGCUGCCAACAAACAGACACUCAAGAGUGUUACAGGUUAUAUUACAGAUAUAAUCUGCAAACGUUCAGAACUUGGUUACAAUUACGGUGUGAUACUUAUACCAGAGGGCUUGAUUGAUUUCAUUCCUGAGGUACAGCAACUGAUCGCAGAGCUUAAUGAGAUCUUAGCUCAAGAUGUUGUUGAUAAAGAAGGAUUGUGGAAAAAGAAGCUCCGCAGACAAUCUCAUGAGCUGUUUGAGUUUUUACCUGAAGCAAUUCAGGAGCAGCUGCUUCUUGAAAGGGACCCACAUGGGAAUGUACAGGUUGCCAAGAUAGAGACAGAAAACAUGCUUAUUCAAAUGGUUGAAAAUGAACUGAAUGAAAGGAAACAAGAGUAUAAAUAUAAUGGUCAGUUCCGUGGACAGUCCCACUUCUUCGGUUAUGAGGGAAGAUGCGGUUUGCCUUCAAAUUUUGAUGCAAACUACUGCUAUGCAUUGGGUUUUGCUGCUGGAGCACUCCUUCAAUCUGGAAAGACUGGAUUAAUUUCCUCGGUGGGAAAUCUGGCUGCUCCAGUUGAAGAAUGGACAGUUGGUGGAACAGCAUUGACUUCUUUAAUGGAUGUUGAGAGAAGACAUGGAAAGUUCAAGCCUGUGAUUAAGAAAGCAUUGGUGGAGCUUGAAGGUGCACCAUUUAAAAAGUUUGCAUCUUUGCGGGAUGAUUGGGCGCUGAUGAAUCGAUAUCUCAGUCCAGGUCCAGUUCAAUUUGUGGGCCCGACAGCAAAUAUGAUCAAUCAGACUCUCUUGCUGGAGCUGGGAGCACAAGCCUAGCGAAGCUGGGAAUUAGGAAUUAUGCUGGAAUGCCAAAACGAGUUCUAUUGGAUAUUCGGUUUUCUUUCAAAUUAAAGAUAUCCGUAUACGGUAUUAAUAAUUAGUGACGCAUCAAAUUUUUGCAAGUUUUUCAUUGCCUUUUUGAUUUUAACUUUUCUAUCUCUCAAUAAGAAUUGUAUAGGUUGAUACUUGAA